CAGUGGUGCUCGGAGCCCGAGAGGGUCAGGGGGGAGGAGAUGCAAGGGAGUGGAGCAAGACGAUUCCAGGAGGCGAAACACAGGGUGACCACUUCAGCGGCACCGUCCGUGGACAGCUAGCCCCACCAAUGGUCCUCCACCCUGAACGCUCCCUCCGACUCCGAAUUGGCUUGUCCGCUGCGGUCGCGGAGAUGAUCACGGCCCUGAGAAAACCGUGGAGGUAGACUUGACAGCAGGGAACGGUCCUCUCGCAAACCUCUGUGCUUUGAUUGUCACCCGUCUCGUCACCGGGCAUCGACACCCGCAGCUUUGUGGCACACAUCCUGGCCCCAUCCGGUCACUCUCAGCCCUGUAGCGUGGCUCCGAGAACCCACUCACCCCUUCGAAACUUUGUAUAAAUGAGUGAGCCGGCUGCCAAGGAAAGGGCGGGGACAUGUACCAGAACCCCAACAGAAUGUCCUGGUUCAGUGGUUUCCUAGUCGCCAGAGUGGAUGACCGUAAGACCGCGUGGGGGGAGCGCAAUGGCAAGAAGUCCAAACGGAGGGGAGGCUCAUCUCUCUGCAACCCACGUUACAUGAGCUGUCUGCGGGAUCCAGAUGCUAUGGAGCCUCCCUCCGGGGCCCCCCUCCACCAGCCUCACCGUGGAGGGAUGGCGGGGGCCAUGGGGGGCGGGGGCAACUUUGGCGCCCGUUGCGGAUGGCAGGAGGACCACUACGGAAAGAGAGCCGUGCCACUUAGGGAAGGGGUGGGGCUGAAAUCCGUGGACUUGGACUUUGAGGACGGGGAGCUGAAGAGCCGGAAAGGCGGGUGCAACGGAGGAGGUGGCGACAUGGGAGACGACGGCGCCAACGGCGUGGUGACAGCUGCCGACUGCUGGCUCAGGGUGGUGCGGGUAUUCCAAUCGAAAAAGUUCCAGUCCCGCAAACUGGAGCGCCUUUACCAGCGAUACUUCUUCAGGCUCAACCAGAGCUCUUUGACCAUGUUGAUGGGGGUCCUCGUGAUUGUGUGCGGGAUCAUGCUGACCUUCCACUGUGUCCACGCCGCCCCUCACGUGGCCUAUUCGUCCGCCUUGUCGGUGGCAAUGGCGCUUUUCAUGGCUCUCAUGGUGGUGUGCAACCGCAACGGCUUCCAUCAGGACUACAUGUGGAUGGUCAGUUACCUGGUCAUUGGCGUCUUGGUGUCAGUCCAAGUGUUUGGGGUGCUCAUGGUGGCACCCCGCAGCGCAUCAGAGGGCAUCUGGUGGUCUGUGUUUUUCAUCUACAUCAUCUACACCCUCUUGCCUGUGAGGAUGAGGGCGGCGGUGCUGAGCGGAGCUGUCCUGUCCAUCAUACACGUGGUCACCACCUGGCAGAUCAACCAGGAGGACAAAUUCCUUUGGAAACAGGUGAGUGCAAACGUCCUUAUUUUCCUGUGCACCAACAUCAUUGGAAUCUGCACCCACUACCCUGCUGAGGUUUCCCAGAGACAAGCCUUCCAAGAGACUCGAGGAUACAUCCAGGCCAGACUGCAUCUGCAGAGGGAGAAUCAGCAACAGGAACGUCUGUUGCUCUCAGUGCUGCCAAGGCAUGUUGCCAUGGAGAUGAAGGCUGACAUCAACGCCAAGAAGGAAGACAUGAUGUUUCAUAAGAUCUAUAUCCAGAAACACGACAAUGUCAGUAUUCUCUUUGCCGACAUUGAGGGUUUUACCAGCCUGGCCUCCCAGUGCACGGCUCAGGAAUUGGUCAUGACACUCAAUGAGCUCUUUGCCCGCUUCGACAAACUGGCCUCGGAGAACCACUGUCUGCGUAUUAAAAUUUUGGGUGAUUGUUACUACUGUGUGUCUGGGCUCCCCGAACCCCGUGCGGACCAUGCCCACUGCUGCGUGGAGAUGGGCGUGGACAUGAUCGAGGCCAUCUCGUUAGUGCGCGAGGUAACGGGAGUCAACGUCAACAUGCGUGUCGGCAUACACAGCGGACGCGUCCACUGCGGCGUUCUGGGACUCCGGAAGUGGCAGUUUGACGUAUGGUCAAACGACGUUACGCUGGCCAAUCACAUGGAAGCGGGAGGCAAAGCAGGACGGAUCCACAUCACCAAGGCCACCCUGCAAUAUCUCAAUGGAGAUUACGAAGUGGAGCCAGGCUUCGGAGGCGAGCGGAACGCUUACCUGAAGGAGAACAGCAUCGAGACCUUCCUGGUCCUCGGUUGCAGCCAAAAGCGGAAGGAAGAAAAGGCGAUGAUGGCUAAGAUGCAGAGGACGAGAGCCAACUCCAACGAGGGACUGAUGCCACGCUGGGUCCCUGACAGAACUUUCUCCAGGACCAAAGACUCGAAAGUAUUCAGACAAAUGGGCAUCGAUGAAACCUCCAGUAAAGACAACCGCUGUGUUCAGGAGACAAUGAAUCCGGAGGACGAGGUGGAUGAAUUCCUGGGACGCGCUAUUGAUGCUCGCAGCAUCGACCAGCUAAGAAAAGACCAUGUUAAAAAGUUCCUACUCACCUUUCAAACCUCGAGUUUGGAAAAGAAGUAUUCCAAGAAAGUGGAUGAUCGUUUUGGUGGCUACGUGGCUUGCACGCUACUAGUAUUUUGCUUCAUAUGCUUCAUACAGAUUGUUAUUUUUCCACACACUCCGGUCAUGCUGGGAAUUUACAUCAGUAUCUUCAUCAUCCUGGCCAACAUCCUUUUCAUCUGUGCCAUAUAUUCUUGCAUUAAGCUCUUUCCUGCUGCAAUGCAGACAGUUUCAAAGAAGAUUGUCCAGUCUCGCACCAACAGCACUCUAGUUGGAGUGUUCACAAUUAUCCUCGUCUUCAUUUCUGCCUUCGUCAACAUGUUUGCAUGUGACACCAAGAGCUUAGUGGAGUGUGUUGCGGAGAAGUCCAACACAUCUGCAGCCAUGGUGACGCCCUGUGUGAUCCGCCGAUUGAAUGUGUCUGUUGAAGGAGGUCUGGAGAUCUGUCCCAGUCAAGGCCCCUCCUGCCCCUUUCCCGAGUACUUCAGCUACAGUGUGCUGCUGACGCUGCUGGCCUGCUCAGUGUUCCUGCAGAUCAGCAGCAUUGGCAAGUUGGCUCUGAUGCUGCUCAUCCAGCUCACAUUCCUGCUGCUGGUCGAGUGGCCACAAGUAGCACUGUUCGACAAUGCAGACCUCUUUGUCACCUCCAAUGCCAUUGAUCUAAAUGAAACAAAUACUCAGUGGUCCAGUUUCAAUGAAACUACAAACCAGUGCCCAUUUGUUGUGACCAAAGUGUCCCUGAGGGUCAUGACGCCAGUGAUCCUCACAGUCUUUGUACUGGCGCUGUACCUGCACGCUCAGCAGGUCGAAUCGACUGCACGCCUCGACUUCCUGUGGAAAUUACAGGCCACUGAAGAAAAGGAGGAGAUGGAGGAACUCCAAGCUUACAACCGUCGCCUCCUCCACAAUAUUCUGCCUAAAGACGUGGCUGCUCACUUCUUGGCACGUGAGCGGCGGAACGAUGAGCUCUACUACCAGUCCUGCGAGUGCGUGGCCGUCAUGUUUGCCUCCAUAAGCAAUUUCUCAGAGUUCUACGUAGAACUGGAGGCCAACAAUGAGGGAGUGGAGUGUCUACGUCUGCUCAAUGAGAUCAUUGCUGACUUUGAUGAGAUUAUCAGUGAGGAGAAAUACAGGCAGCUGGAGAAGAUCAAGACCAUUGGCUCCACCUACAUGGCCGCCUCCGGCCUCAAUGACUCCACCUAUGACAAAGAAGGUCGAACCCACAUUACAGCUCUGGCCGACUACGCCAUGAGACUGAGGGAGCAGAUGAAAUACAUCAAUGAGCAUUCCUUCAACAACUUCCAGAUGAAGAUAGGUCUGAACAUUGGACCAGUGGUAGCAGGAGUCAUUGGUGCACGGAAGCCUCAAUAUGACAUUUGGGGAAACACUGUCAAUGUGGCCAGCCGGAUGGACAGCACAGGCGUUCCGGACUGCAUACAGGUAACAACAGACCUCCACCAGGUGCUGGCAAGUAAAGGCUAUGUGCUGGAGUGUCGCGGGGUGGUUAAGGUCAAAGGUAAAGGGGAAAUGACAACCUACUUCCUCAAUGACGGGCCACCCAACAGUUAGCAGCCACGGCAACAGCAGGUUGCUAUACUGCAGGGACACAGCACCGCUGAGUGAGCACUCACUGGGUGAGCAAAUGGCUGAACCAACCACAAACGCCAUCACUUGAAUCCCAAGCCAGGAGGGGGAAAGUGGACGACAAAACAUGUCCUUGAAGAGAGGAAAAAAAUGUCUCACGUGACAGCCUUCGCGGCACAACUCAAAGGACAGCCGUUUUAUUUUCUCAUGUCGAGCCUCUGUCGGGCUUCUUGAAAGAUGCAAAGUCUGUUUAUUUCAAAUCAACGCCUUUUAGCCUGUGUCAAAAAGAAGAUGUGAUGCUGUACAUAAGGCUACAUUCUUUGACUUUGUUUAUGUUUUUACAUGGAUUAAGAAGAGGUACUAUAGUAUUUUAGUUCCGGAUCAAUUAUUUAUUUCAAUUUCAAAUGUAUCGUGCAAAAGGUCCUUUAUGAAAAAGUGUGACUACGUAAAGUGCGUGCACAAAUAUCCAGUUUACCACACGAUAAUAAGUGUGUACGUACAUGCAUAUUUGUGUAUGAAUAUAACGAUAAAAUGAGGAGGACUAUAUUGACCAAAGACUAAAGUAUUUACUAAAAGCAAGGCAAGACAUGUUUUGUGAUAUGUUCUGGCAAACGUCAGCAACGAUCGCCGCCUGUUUGCUCGGCCUGAACCUUUUUUUUUCUUCUUGCCCAGCUGCUGGCGGUAAAGACUGCUUUAUUGUUUUCAUAAAAUAUAUUGAAUAAAAAGUAUUUAUUUUUUGUCUGUCGUUCUGGCAGCAAAGCGCAUUAAGUCUAAAUUAUCAUCGUGCCCUCAACCUUUAGAUGACGGAGGAUGUUUUUAAAGAUGGCUCUAUUUUCAAUAUUUUAUUUGUGCUCUUUGAGGAGCGCAAGUAGCUUCAGCUUCGGGUUCAAGCUCCUGUUUCACAACAUCAUUGGUUGCUUUUUCCGGAGUUGGAGCCGAUUAUGUCAACCCCUCUUUCCCCUUUUUUGGAGGUUUGAUUUUUGAUGCAAACGCGGGAACUUUGCUAGCGAGCAGUUGCGAAGGAAUCGGGGAGAGAAGUUUGGAUUUUGCCGCAGCCUGAUUGAAAAACGAGAAGAAUGAAAGAAGUAUAUCUUGUUUUGACUGAAUACUGUGCUUUGUAAUCCUGGAGGGGCAUAACUAUUUUCACUGUGAGGUUUUUAUUCUGCAGCAAAACUGCUUUCUUGCCAAACAUAAUCGCUUUGAAGCAUGUCUUAUUGUGCUAUCUUCAGUUCAUUUUGCUUUGGGGAAUUUCUACCACUUCUGUAUCCAUCAUUUGUAUAUUCUUAAUGUUAUGAUGAUGAUGAUUAAUUAUAACGCUUAUUCUGAUGAUUCCAUUCCAGUGAAAGGAUCAAAGACCAGCACGCUUUCUUGUUAAACGCCAGUGGUAAAGCUCAAGCUCACGGAAAGCAACCGCUCAACAUGCAGCCAAUGAAUUUUGCUUUUCCGACCUAAUAUACGACGCGGUAUUUCCGCUGGCCGUUGGUGCGAUCAUGUAUGGCAAGUAAUAACUUGCUGGCUGGUGUGUGCUCACAUAUAGUGAACAGAUUUUUGAAGGAUUCACUGUGCUUCUUGAUUUUAUUUUAUUUUUUUAUGACACUCCCGCAGUAUUGUAAAUCUCAGCCAGGCUUUGAAGUGAUGUCUCCUUUCCACGACUUAGCAGAGAACAGAAGAUACCUAUAUUUCAUGGUAUUAUACCACUAUGUGGUGAGUGGAUGGGGGGGAUUGGAGGCUGCACAUAUUUCUUUCAGGAUAAAAAUUCUUCAGUUCACGUAUUAUUUUCCCAGUCCUUCAGAAACAGUUGUGCUGUCGGCUGAGUUUGAUUGCCUUAAGUUAAUAUAAGACAUUUAUUAGAAUGACACUAUAUUGGAACUGUGCCUGCUGGCCCUUUCUGGACUGCUGAUGGAGAGAAAAGAAAAAGGGCUUGUUGAGAAUAUUCUCCGUGCAACAGCUCAUCGCCCAUGUUUUUUUUUUUUUGGGCCACAAGCGAAAGCCCUGACUCGACUUUUGCCACACCAACAGCGACAAAAAGUUUGGACUAAAGCCAGCUCGUGCAGCCAUGUGCUUUCAGUCUCUGCUUUGUCGCUCAUCAGGUGUUGCACGAGUGCCGGAAGACAGCAACGUAAUGGGGAACACCAACUAAAGUGUGACCAACAAAGAGUGGGUCAUAGAAGCAGAUAGAUUGGACAAGCGUUUAUAAAAAUGUGCAUUGUACGUAUGUAUUUAUUUCUAUUGGCUGUCCACGGACCUCUGUUCAUUGUUAACUCUUGGGAUGUUUUGCGGAAGCAGGAGAAGAAUAUUCUCCCCACACAACUGAAACAGUAUUUUUGCUCAGGCCUGAUAAAUAACCUUCCGUACUUGUUUGGUUUUAUUUGUGUUUUUCCUGAGUGGGAGUGGCCGUGUUUUGCGCCACAUGACAAGAGUUGAGGACUAUGACAAAGAGAAAAAUAAAAUUCCCCCUUGAAGAAAGAAAAUUAAAACAGGGAUCAAUGGCU